ACCGCUUCGACUCCAUUCAAGCGUCUGGUUUCGGCCCGGGUUUGGUCCGGAACACUGCGCUCCCUUUGUUCGCUGCUGCACGCCACUUCUUGUAAACACGCAUGCGACUGCGGCUGUUGGCGCUGGGAGGACGAUCUGCAUUGUGACUCUUAGUACUGUGACUAUGAGUGCUGCGACAGUGUCUAGUACUGCGACUGUUGGUACUGACAGUCUGCACUAUGACUGUAGUCGUUUGGUUCUGUGACUGUUAGUAAUGCGAGUACCGUGACGGUUGGUGUUGUGAGUGCUGUGACUAGCGUGUGUAAUGUGAGUGCAGUGUCAGUACUGUGACUUCGAGUACCGUGUGUAUUGUGAGUACUGUGGGUACUGUCAGUACUGUGACUUUGAGUGUCUUGUGUAUUGUCAGUACUGUGUGUACUGUGACGACUGUCUGUGGUGUGUGUCUUAGUACUGUUAAUACUGCGAAACUAUGUACUGUGGCUAUUAGCACCGAUUGGUUGUACUAUGGCUGUAGUCAGUAGUAGUAGUAGUAGUAGUAGUAAUGUGUGUACCGUGACUAUUGGUGUUCUGAGUACUUGGUUAUUACUGUGACUGUGAGUACUGUUAGUACUGUGGUUGUUGGUGUUGUGAGCACUGAGUGAGUACAAUGUAUACUGUAGCCGUGGGUACCUUGAGUGUUGAUGUUGUGACAGUUGGUGUUGUUUACUGUUAGUUAGGGCUGAAAUAUGAGGGCUGUCAAAACAUUAAAAUUUAAAUUUCAUAGAAUCACAACAAAGUUGAGUUCGCUUGUGAAUCACUCGUGUCCCAUUAGCUCAGUUUGCAUCUCCAUCAAGCCAUUUUGCUUUGGAAUGUUACCACUGCAGGGUCUAAGUAUCUCGGCACCAAUGCCACAUGUGGUUACCAUCAGAUCUUGGAUGCUAACUUUUCUCCUCCUGUACGUAAAAUGAAGGCUGAUUUUCAGAGAUGCUCCCACGUUGGCUGUAUGGAAGGAUGUAUGUUGUUGAAAUGACAACUUUGCCUCAGUUUCUAUUUCAAACACCACCCUUAUUUUUGCCCAAAUAUUUUGGAUAAGGCAAUUAGCUUUGUUUGGUCUGGAAUAGCCUGCAUGACAAAUCGUUCACCUGUGUCUUAUUGAAUUUAAAAUUGAAUUCUAUUCAUAUUUAAUUUACAAACCGACAGGAUUUGAAUGACAAAUGCUACUUUCCUGUGUGAGUUUUACACUGCUGCAAGCCCCUACUUUCUGAGUAUCCACAUUGCUCAGCCAAUGACAAAGCGCCUUGUAGUCACAUGUCUCACUCAUGACAUGAACACAGCAGUGUUUUGAUAGCCAAGCGACUGGGUAGAAAUGGACGGACUAUGAAUGAAAAAGAACAGUUCUAGUCACGAAAAUCAGCCCACCAAUCCAGGGUUUCUGCCACAGUGUGGCGCACAGCCACGGCUUAAAUGAACUCUCACAUGAUCGAAUGCAUUUAAACAAAGUGGAAACAGAGGGAUAACACAUAACACAUCAUGGAGGUGGAGAUGAAUGUGAUGGUUUUGCUGUGUUAUUUGCAGAAAAAUCCUGAAAGAAAUAAAUGAAAGAAAUAAUGACUGAAGUCAUUCGUAUGUCCGGCUGGAACCCACGAUUCGUGCAACUCUAGUUACGCGGUCCGUCCGGACAUGUAAGGGGUUGGUCUGCAGACUGGAUUGCAGACUGAUUUACUUCUCAUGGUUAAAAACCAGCAUUUUUACUGUCACCAAUUUGGUGAAAGGCAAAACCUUCCCCUCUGUUUUUCUAUCACUUCUUGAUUGACAAAGAGGCACAGGGACUGAAGGAUGCCCUUGCAUCGGAGUUUGUGCAAUGAACUUUAUAUUUCAUGAGAGUCACUACUGUAAAACUAAGGUCAGUGGGGGAUGUUACACUCACAAGACUGGGUCUGUGUAGCACCACCAAAUUCGCACUCCUCAUCUUUCAUUUUUUUCCACCCUCUCUCACAGCUAAACUCUUGUACCACUUUAGGAAACGUACAAACUGUUGUCUCCUCACGGUAAUUUGGAUCACUCGUCACCCCAAUUCAGGUGGCCUGUUAAUCUUUUUAGGUACAGUUCAGUUUUCGUACGCCCCGGACUUCGAACAAAAAUUUUGAUAUUUUUUUGCUUCUGAUUUUGAACGUAAAUCCAGAACUCGAACGCCCCCGAAAAAAGCCGGAAAAAACGUGCGCGGACCGAUCAGCUGACCCACGACGCACUUUGUUAUUGUGUAUAACUCUGUAUGCCGACAUGUCCUGUUUGCUACAUUUACUGGCUGUUUUUUCUUCAUGUUGAGGUGUAAAACCUUUCCUGUCUCCGCACUGGACCGUGGUAGAGUGUCACAGGGGAGGUGCUCGCUCUCACUCCAGGGUUUGAUGUCCUGUUGUGGGCUGGAGCUCGGACAGGGAUGAGGCGAGUGUGGGACAGAGUGCUACUUGCUUUAUGACUUUGUCACAGCCAAACUGCACAGAAGCGCACAUUCAGAGCUGGACACGCACCGGGCACCUCUUCACUUCUGGAGAGAUGUCACUCACUCGGCAACCCCUCCCACAUGCAGCGGCCACACACAUAGACGAACAGCGCACCUGCAGCAGACACUCUACAUUCAACUGUAAUGGGAAAAAUCGAUUCAGAUUCCGAACAAAUCGCUUCUCGAACGGCCGUCUGGAAGGGAUUGUGGUCGAGAACCGAGCGAAGACUCCAUCAGCUGGUUCCCGUGUGGAUGAAGAUUGACCUGAGGCCCUGUGCUCCUGCGGCUCCUCCUCCGCCUCGCCUCCUCCCCUCCCCCGACCUUCACUCCCCCUCCACCUCUGUAGGUUCAGCCCCCAUCCUGCUUUUGCCCUCUCCUGCCCCCUGCUGCUGGAAGGAUGAAGACUCCAUUCAAGAGCAACACAGCGCACAGCGAGGACACAGGACCGCCGGGCGUGUCGGUGAACUUGAUGAAGAAAAAGAACCCUCACAAGAAGCAUCGGGCUGGUCCCAGUCAGCCGCUUGGACCCUCUCAUCGGAACCUGGUGGGCUUCAGGAUCCAGCACAUCUGGAAGGAAGGAAGCAAGUCAUCCCAGUGGAAUGGGACAGUCCUGGAACAGGUCCCAGUCAACCCGGACCUCUACCUCAUCAAGUACGAUGGCUUCGACUGCAUCUACGGACUGGAGCUGCUCAACGACCCGCGAGUGAUCGGACUCCAGGUUCUGCCGGACAGAGUUGCACCGGCUCGUGUCUCUGACUCGUUGCUGGCUGACUCGAUGAUCGGGAAGGCGGUGGAGCACAUGUUCGAGACAGAGGAGGGCCCAAAAGAGGAGUGGCGGGGCAUGGUUCUGGCCAGGGCUCCCAUCAUGACGUCCUGGUUCUACAUCACCUACGAAAAAGACCCAGUUUUGUACAUGUACCAGCUGCUGGACGACUACAAGGAGGGAGACCUGCGGAUCAUGGAGGAGUCAGGUGAUGGCGCUGUGGAGCGGGAGCCUGGAGAGGUGGUGGACAGCCUGGUGGGGAAGCAGGUCGAGUAUGCCAUCGAGGGCGGCGGGAAGCGCUGUGGCGUAGUGAUCCACCAGGUGGCAGCGAAACCUUCCGUCUACUUCAUCAAGUUCCAGGACGACUUCCACAUCUAUGUGUACGACCUGGUCAAGACCGCCUAAGACGGGCUCUGGUCCCUUGACACGACCUGGACCUGAUGAGAGACUGUGCUGCAGCUCACCAGGUCGCAAUGACAUGGAGCCUUUGUGUGGUCACCUGACACCAACGUCUCUCACCACAGACAUGACUCCUGACAUCAGAACCGCCGCUGGCUAGUGUUAGCCACCACCAGCUAACCCCUGGUACAUUUUAUUUCCUCACCAACAUGAUGAUGCUCUCAGACCAAAUCAGAGUUUGUUGAUUUGUUGAGGUCAGUACUGAUUUUGUGUUGUAAAUAAAGACCUUCUCCUGUUUUCA